AGUUUCUAGAAACAUCAGAAAGGAAAUCAAAUCAGUUCCGCUCGUGUCGAUGCUGAUAAAUGAUUCGAAUGUGUUUCAAAACCAGCCUCCGGUGGUUUAAUAUCCAAAUCAUCAGUGUGAAUCUCGUCCUGUCCUCCAUUGACCACAUGAUCAUUGUUGUGGAAGUUUCCCUGCCGUAAAGCGUUAAAAAAAAACGGAACGCUGUUGCAAAGCCAAAUUGUUGUGACAGCGGCUAGCAGUGACGUUAGCGCAUGCGUUAGCGAGCUAGCAGUUUGUCUCCGGGUUUAAACUGUCAUUGCAGCAACACGGAGGAUGCACCGUCCCUCAGACUGGCCGCCCCACGUAAUAUAACAACACACCGAGAGGAUCGAACCUGUGCGGCUGGCGGCCGAACACAAGACUGGAUGUGAGAGGACACGACGAGGCGAGCCGCUAGUGGUCAGUCUGUGGGGGAAACCAUUUUACGAUUGUCAAUGCCUCCGACACGUAAGGAUACGCUCGUCUCGCUAGCUUAACGCAGCUAGCCGAACGAUAACAGUCCGCGUCGUGGAUGGGUUCGCUGAUCGCGGUGCUCUGUGAAGAAACGGUGACCGGUGCUUAGCGAACAUCAUGGACACGGCCGAGGAAGCGGAUAUUUGUCGCGUGUGCCGCUCGGAGGGGACCCCAGACAAACCCCUGUACCACCCCUGUGUCUGCACUGGCAGUAUUAAGUUCAUCCACCAGGAAUGUUUGGUCCAGUGGCUGAAGCAUAGCAGGAAGGAGUACUGUGAAUUGUGCAAGCAUAGAUUUGCUUUCACACCAAUCUACUCCCCAGACAUGCCCUCACGUCUGCCCAUACAGGACAUUUGUGCAGGCCUGCUGACCAGCGUGGGUACAGCCAUCCGCUACUGGUUCCAUUACACACUGGUGGCCUUCGCAUGGCUCGGGGUGGUUCCUCUCACUGCAUGUCGCAUCUACAAGUGUCUGUUUACCGGCUCUGUGAGCUCACUUUUGACACUGCCACUGGACAUGCUCUCGACAGAGAACCUGCUUGCAGAUUGUCUUCAGGGCUGUUUUGUCGUCACCUGCACCCUGUGUGCGUUCAUCAGUCUGGUGUGGCUCAGAGAACAGAUAGUCCAUGGUGGCGCACCCCAGUGGUUAGAGCAGCACCAUCCACCACCACCUAAUGCUGCUGGACAAGCCAAUGAGGCACAAGCUGCAGGUCAGGGAGCCCCAAAUGAGCCCCCCGCAGCUCCGCCGGCCCCUGCUGAUCCCCCAGCCCAGAAUGAGGCAGAGCCUGAGCCCCCUGAUGUCCCUCCAGACCAAGGCGAUGACCCAGAGCUGGAGGAAGAAGAGGGAGCAGCUGCUGAAGAUGCAGACCCGAACAAUGGAGCACAAGAUGACAUGAACUGGAACGCUUUGGAGUGGGACAGAGCAGCAGAGGAGCUAACCUGGGAAAGGAUGCUUGGACUGGAUGGUUCACUGGUAUUUUUGGAGCAUGUGUUUUGGGUCGUGUCUCUCAACACACUCUUCAUCCUAGUCUUUGCGUUUUGUCCCUACCACAUCGGGCACUUCUCCGUUGUUGGUCUUGGCUUUGAGGAAUAUGUCCAAGCCUCUCAUUUCGAGGGUUUAAUCACAACAAUUGUGGGCUACAUACUGCUGGCCAUGACGCUCAUUCUCUGUCAUGGACUGGCUGCUCUGGUCAGGUUCCAGCGCUCCCGGCGUCUCCUGGGAGUCUGCUACAUCGUUGUCAAGGUUUCUCUGCUGGUUGUUGUGGAGAUCGGUGUGUUUCCACUCAUCUGUGGCUGGUGGCUUGACAUCUGCUCUUUAGAGAUGUUUGAUGCCUCACUGAAAGACAGAGAGUUGAGUUUUAAAUCAGCCCCUGGCACCACCAUGUUUCUGCACUGGCUUGUGGGAAUGGUCUAUGUCUUCUACUUUGCUUCUUUCAUCCUCCUACUGAGAGAGGUGCUGAGGCCCGGAGUGCUGUGGUUUCUGAGAAACCUCAAUGACCCUGAUUUUAACCCAGUGCAGGAGAUGAUUCAUCUGCCCAUCUACCGACACCUGCGGCGGUUCAUCCUGUCCGUGGUGGUGUUUGGUUCGAUCGUGCUGCUCAUGCUGUGGCUGCCCAUCAGGCUUAUUAAAUUGUUGCUGCCCACCUUCCUGCCAUACAAUGUCAUGCUCUACAGCGAUGCCCCGGUCAGCGAGCUGUCUCUGGAGCUGUUAUUACUUCAGGUUGUGCUGCCGGCAUUACUGGAGCAGGGACACACUCGGCAGUGGCUCAAAGGCCUGGUCAGAGCCUGGACAGUCAGUGCUGGGUAUUUAUUAGACCUUCACUCCUAUCUCCUCGGGGAGCAGGAAGACAAUGAUGCCAACCAGCCUGUGAACAACAACAACAAUAAUAAUCCUCCCCCCGGUCACCAUAACAACAAUAACAACCCUGCCCCAGCUGUUGGUGAAGGCCUACACGCGGCCCAUCAGGCCAUCCUGCAACAAGGGGGACCAGUAGGUUUCCAGCCCUACCACCGACCGCUUCGCUUCCCAUUCAGGAUUGUGUUGCUGAUCGCGUUCAUGUGCAUCACUCUGCUGGUGGCCAGUCUGGUGUGUCUGACUCUACCAGUCUUCACCGGGCGCUGGCUGAUGUCCUUCUGGACAGGAAACUCCAAAAUCCACGAGCUGUACACAGCGGCAUGUGGCCUGUACGUCUGCUGGCUGUCUAUCCGCGGAGUCACUGUGCUGUUGGCCUGGAUGCCCCAGGGACGCACGGUCAUCUUCCGCAAAGUGCAGGAGUGGACUCUAAUGAUUCUAAAGACCCUAGUUGUUGCUCUGCUGGUUGCUGGAGUCAUCCCACUGCUACUGGGUCUGCUGUUUGAAUUAGUUAUUGUGGCUCCUCUCAGGGUUCCCCUGGACCAAACACCUCUCUUCUACCCCUGGCAGGACUGGGCUCUCGGAGUGCUUCAUGCCAAAAUCAUCGCUGCCAUCACUCUUAUGGGCCCUCAGUGGUGGCUGAAAACCGUUAUUGAGCAGGUUUACGCAAAUGGGAUUCGCAACAUUGAUCUCCAAUUUAUAAUCCGUAAACUGGCUGCUCCAGUCAUCUCAGUCCUGCUGCUGUCCUUGUGUGUACCGUAUGUGAUUGCUUCUGGAGUCGUCCCGGCUGUUGGAGUGACCCCAGAGAUGGAGAUUCUAAUGCAGAGGAGGAUCUAUCCAUUCCUCCUGAUGGUGGUCUCGCUCAUCGGCAUCCUGUCCUUCCAGAUCCGACAGUUUAAACGCCUUUACGAACACAUCAAGAACGACAAGUAUUUGGUCGGCCAGAGGCUCGUCAACUACGAGCGCAAAGCCGGAAGAGCGAGCUCGAGCCCCCCCUCCAACCCUGUCGCAGAGUAGAUUCUUGUUUCACACGUGGCCACUUUUUUUUUUUGCACCAGUUAAGUUGUGUACACCCCUUUGAUUUUCGACCACCGUAAUCCUUUGGAAUCUCCUGUGGAUGUUGGUGGAUUUGAUGGAUGUCGUUCAAUUUUUUGAAUUCCCUUUCGCGCCCCCAUCAAAAGGUGGGACGGGAGGAGAUUGUGUUAUAAUCAUGGGACAGCUGAGUAACCCCCUCCCCCCUCUGAUUGACGGAGUAGGCAGGAGGGUGAGGGUAACAGGGUUUGAUUUGAAGCCUGUUGUUUUUCAUGCUUUGCUUUGUAAAGUGCUGCCUGAUAAUUGUACAUGUGUAAAUACUUUGAACGCAGACUUUGUCUUACCAAAAAAAAAAAAAAGACGGAUAUGGAUUAAUGCAAUGACCAUUGUACAUCUUAAAAGUGUAUGUAUAAUUUAUUAAAUCAAACUGACAAUU